GGAGACGGAAGUCUGCUUGUGACACUGGUGAUAUACGCUUAUUAGUUGGACGAACGGACUCUGAACAUAAACCGAAACCUCGGGGUCAAAGUCACUAAUCAGCUGACGGCAAACAUGGAGCGAACGAUGGUGUUGGUAUUUCCAAUUCUGGUGGUGUCCUGUCUCUUAUUUUCCGUCACUAGAACCCACGCACAACCGCCGAGCAUAGCGAAUGUUGUGGCGUUUUGGAUCUUCAGCGAGCCUGCUGGCGAAGACCGGGUUGACGCGUCGCCAAAUCACUACCGUCUUCGGGAGGAUGGAGGACCGAUAGGGCUAGUUGAAGAUGGCAUAUUUACGGCUUACUCCGCCUAUCUUACUCCAGGAAAACGUUUCGUGUUGCCAAGGAGAGAAACCACAUUUCUGAAUUUUCGCGGGAAGUCGGACAACAAGUUCACCAUCGUGUCAUGGAUCAAAAGAAUGCCUUAUUGUGGCACACCCAACUACACGAAUCCUUUUCCUUGUUGUGAAUUCAUUGCUGGUAUAUUCAAUGAGAGCUCAAACCACAGGCAAUACGGGAUGUUCCUCAAUCUGCACAGCUUCAACUCAUCCGACCAAGUGUGUGGGUUGGUCUCGGACAACGGCGGCGACACUCCCGGAUACAAGGGUUGCGUGUCGGGUUCUUUCGGGCGGACCAAGGUGCCCUACAACAAAUGGCAGUGUGUUGCUGUCAGCUAUAACAACAACUACGUAAAAUCCUACUUGAACGGGCACUUAGACAGAAGGGGGACACUCAACCCAAACUAUUAUCCCAAUGGUAUCUUUGACCCAAGCUCUGGUGGGGCGGACUUUACUGUGGGCGGGAAUGACGCCUUUGGAGAAAAGCACAACUACUUCCACGGUUUGAUUGGAGGACUUCAAAUAUUCAACGCGACAUUAACAGAGGAGCAGAUGUCAUAUGUGUGUGGGGAACUACCAAAUUAGAGCCGACAAUAGCGGAUGAAAUUGUUGGUAUGACUGACGUUGCAAGUUCAAAUGUUCAUUUUGGUGGAAGGAAUUUAUCGAAGGAGUACGAUAUUUAACAUUAUAAUCAUGGAAAUACAUGUCUCGUAAUCCAUCGCAAUGUUCAUAUUAAUAAUGUGCAAUUUGUUGUUUUCAUAUCCAUCAGCAGUGGUUAAAGCUUUUUUUGAUCUUUCAUAAAACAUAAAUUAGUUUUUAGCUUGAGAGGAACCCGGAGCAAGUAAGCGGUAAUGUGAGAUUCUCGAAGCAGCAAAUACAUAUUGUGAGGCAAGAGGGUCAUCAUCAAUAGCAAUCCCGUGUGAACACAUCCUGAGGAAAUCGGCAGGGCCAGAACCGAACAUUAACCCCCGAUUUCCUCAGGAUGGUGUGAUCAUUUACUAGCUUAGUGGUUGCAUCUUGUGAGUAGGCCUAUACAAUAAUAUGUGACCUUUAUCCAAGACGGAAUUUAUACCCCCGAUGCUCGGAAAUACAGUGUGGUGCCAUACGGGCAGUAAACAUUGAUGAUAUCGAGGAGGUUUAACUUCCUUGAUAUUAUAUGAAACGAGCUAUGUGAACGCCGACUUAGUUUUGACUUCCUUGUUCCAACUAUACAUGAUGUUAGACCAUUAAGACGCUAUACGGUUGAUACAAAUUUUAUACUCACAUAUCUUUAUCCUCGUCAACCCCAGGCAUUCCUUUCAGCAGACCUUUUUAUAGUUUAUAUAAGACACUCCUCUUUCUUGUGGUUCAGGACUAUGUUGUUUGCUGUUGUCAAUGAUGAUGUGAAAUUGUAAAUCUUGCUUUAUGACACCAUCGGGGACACCAGCGACUUGCAAUGAUCUUAAAUGAAUGGUCAAUUGCUAUCGAUCAACCAGUUUAUAGGCCCUGGCCAGAUGUGUAUACCAUGAAGACUCAAUUGUGCCAAGCUGUCAUAUACAAACAGAAUUUUUCAAUAACUUUAUUAAAAGACUCUGAUACAAACUCACACAGACACCGACGUGACAAGCCAUUUAAUUAGGUAAUUAAUAUUUGGUUAGAUAAUUAAGAGAGUAUGCUGUGAAAUUUAUCGCAAGCUGUCCUCCAAAAUGACACAUGGGCCUGAGUGCCACCACGCCAUCAGUGUUCUCAUCACAUAUCCAUCUAUAAAGAAAUAAAAUCAUUAUUGAAUUUA